UGUAUAUCAUUUUAAUUUGCUGAAUUGUCAUACUUUUAUAUUGUUAUUUAAUAUUUGUUUUGUUUUAUUGCGUAGGUACGUUCUUUAUGGAUGAUCCAAAUUUGAAUUUGGACCUCUUCGGUCAAUCUGUUGCUGAGGACAGCGAAGAUGAUGUACAACAAGAUCACCAAGAAGAAGAGGGGAAUGAAUCAGGCCCCGGUGUACGUGGUAAAUAUAUUGGUAGAGAGAUGAUAAAGAUGAGGAGCGACGGGAAGAAGAAGGAAGUCGAGUACAACUCAUGGGGUCAAGCUAUUAGUGAUGGUGCAAACAAACUUCAUAGUGAGAUUGGUAAAUAUGUUCGCCACCACGUUACAUUGCUUGUGGAUGAUUGGCGACUUAUAUCGAAAGAAGUGAAAGAUAAGUUGUGGAAUGAAAUGCUGAGUAUGUUUAUAACUGGCACAAAGACGAAAUCCUAUGUGUUGUCAGUUGGUGGUGAUAGGUGGAGGGAAUUUAAAUCCUACCUAACAAACUUCAUCUACACACACAAAGAUGACAAUCCACAACUUUUAGACAAGCCCCCAAAGCUUUAUGAAAAUGUGAUUGACCCUGAAGAGUGGAAAGCAUUUGUUGACUAUAGAUUAAGUGAAGAAUGGCUUGUAAAACGAAAGUCAGCACAAAGCAGCAGGAAACAAAACAAAUACAACCACCGCACUGGACGAGGUGGUGUUAGGAAGGUCCGAGAGAAGAUGGAGAAAGAAUUGGGUCACCAGAUAGAUGACGUUGAUCGAGCUGAUUUGUGGAUCAACAUGUACAAGAACAAGAAGGGUGAGUUUGAUGUCGAGACACAAAAAGUCGUGGAUAAAAUUAAUGACCUUAAAAAGCAGGUCGAAGAGGGAACACUAGUACUCGAAGGCUCUAAGGAUAUUCUGACCCUUGCGCUUGGCACAAAUGAACACGGUGGACGUGUUAGAGGCAUGGGGAGGAACGUCACCCAGACACAAUAUUUUAAGACCCCACGCCCUACCAAAAAGAUACAGUCAACAAUUGAUGACAAUCGAAUGACUGAGGUGGAGAAGAGACUUCAAGAGACUGAUGAAAUGUAUCGCCAAACUCAACAACAAUUAAAGGAACUUCUCCAACAAUUGAACACUCAACAUAGCAACGUGGUUGGGACUUCACAUGCAUCUGGUUCGGGUAUAGGAGGAGCAUCAAAUGAACAAGUGAAUAUUUCACUGCAGAGUGUCUCUGCUCAACCACGAGUGCCACCACCGAAUGUCUUUGCCCGACCAGUAGCACCACCACUUAGUGUAUCUAAUCUACCAUCAGUGCCACUUCCUGCAAAUGUCUCUGCUCCACCGACACCACCACCAGAUACAACAAUGUCUGAGAAGAAAGCAAAGUGUUCGAUGUACUUGGUUACCAAACAACCCAAAAAUAGUACUAAGUGUGUUGCAAAGGGGUAUUUGGUGAUAGAAAAUGUGACCACCUUGGAAUUACAUAAUGAAAAGUUUGACCCAAAGCGCUUUUGUCGAGUCUUCAUUGAAGAAGUUUUUUACGAAAAUGCAAGGCUCCCAUGCCCUGUCACACAAGAAAGCCUCACCACCGUAGGCGAAGUGGUGAAUUCCUAUGUAGCCUGGCCAAUUCCACUUGUCAAGAUUGAUGGUGUACACCAGACACAGGAGAAGGGCAAGAAGAGGGAUUAUGACAGUAAUAUGGUUGGUCCACCGACUCAACCUUUGAAACACCCUCGAAGGCCAGAUAAGCUUCCAAUAGCUCGUUAUACUCCGCCAGAGAAAAGUGUCACAUUGAGUUUGCUAGAGAUGAUGGUCGAGCAGUGGCCAAAGGAAAAGAAUGUCCUUGAAGUUGACAUUGGUGAGGAUGUGUUCGGGGUAGAGCACAAAACAUACUUAUCAAAAAACGACAUACUUGACAUUUGCAAUCUCAAAUGGAUCGGAUCUGUUCCAAUGUCUGUGUGGUGCAGUAUAAUGCAGCGUGAACUAAACAAAAAUGAGUUGAACGGUGUAUAUGCAUUUAUGAAUCCUGCAUCUGUGGCAUCUACUGAUGGCUUAGGGUACAACGAGCGUGUAGCUUUGCUUUUUCAGCGAUUGAGCAACAUACAACCAGAUCGAUUCCUUGUUUGCCCUUGGUACCAUGACGAACACUGGAUGGUUAUCUUAAUCCAAACGGGAUCGCAGAGUGUAGCAUUUUUGGAUUCCAGAAACAAAACCAUUCGUCAAGAUAUUAAAAGAUGUGUUCAAACUGCUCUUGAGAGGUACUACCUUGAGAAAAGAAACCGACGGUCAGUAGCAAUAAGCUUCACUGAGUACAGAUGUCCAGAGCAACCAGAUGGCGUCCAGUGUGGGUAUUAUAGCAUGAGAUUUAUUAAAUCAUUCAUGACUGAAAAUAAUCCUACACGAAAAUUGGAAGCAGAGUUUAAAAGGAACAUAUCAUCCUCUUACACUAACAAAGAAAUCAAUGAAAUACGUGACGAAUGGGCAAAGUAUGUCAUGCAGAUGAUAGCAGCAGGCAAAUGACUAAUAACAUAGAGUAUGAUGACCAAUGAUCGCUCAUGGACGAUCCCCAUGUGAUCUAAGAAAAUGAUUGAUAGGUUUGACAUCGAUCUUAGUUACUAUUGUCUUGCUUUUUUAGUUUUUAGGAAGUGAUUUCCAGCUAUAUGAUUAAAGUCCCAAGUGACUACUUGGAGACUUAUUUUGUUCUUAGUAUACAUAUUUUUAAAUGUUCAGAACAUAUUCUACAAAAGAUUGCAAAAUGUAAAAACUUAAUUGGAUUCCUUCUUUUGUAUUGCAUUACUAAACUUUGAUGGCAUAUUAUGGUUUUUAUGAAGCUUUAAUUCUUUUGAAGAGUGUUAAAUGUAUGAAUUUUCUUAUAAAAAUAUUAUUAUUGUUAUUAUGUUUUUUCAUCAUUGUUGGAAAUCUAAAUAAUAAAAAUACAAGAGGAGAAUUGAAUUAAUA